AUGACAAAACCAAAAAUUAACAUUAUAUCUAAGCUUCCAAUAAAUAAUAAUGUAAGUGCUCAAAAAUCUAAAGUCAAAAGCAUAAGUAAUAGUAUACGGUUAACUAAGCAGUUUACAGCUAAUGAGCAUAAACUUUUUACUAGAUAUAGUAACUUUUAA